AGCCAACAGGAUGUUGUGUCGCGCAACCAUUCCGACUUGACAGUGAGUGGUGGUGUUUCUGCGGGUGCUGGACGUGGAGGAUAGCAGCCAGAUAGAAAUAAAGAUGGCUUCAGCAACAGCAACCUACGGGCAGAAGGAGUCCUCUGACCAAAACUUUGAUUAUAUGUUCAAGAUCCUCAUCAUCGGCAACAGCAGCGUUGGAAAAACCUCCUUCUUGUUCCGCUACGCCGACGACUCCUUCACGCCGGCCUUUGUCAGCACAGUUGGCAUCGACUUUAAGGUGAAGACUAUCUACAGGAAUGACAAGAGGAUUAAAUUACAGAUCUGGGACACGGCUGGCCAGGAACGUUACCGCACCAUUACCACAGCUUACUACCGAGGAGCCAUGGGCUUCAUUCUCAUGUAUGACAUUACCAACGAGGAUUCCUUCAACGCUGUCCAGGACUGGUCGACUCAGAUUAAGACGUACUCAUGGGACAAUGCCCAGGUGCUGCUGGUAGGAAACAAGUGUGACAUGGAGGAUGAGCGAGUGGUGAACUCAGAGAGAGGCCGUCAGCUGUCCGAACACCUCGGUUUCGAGUUCUUCGAGGCCAGUGCCAAGGACAACAUCAAUGUGAAGCAGACCUUUGAGCGCCUGGUCGACAUCAUCUGUGAAAAGAUGUCUGAGAGUCUGGACGCCGGCGAUCCCGCUGUCACAGGGGCCAAACAGGGGCCCCAGCUGACAGAGCAGCCCGCUCCUCCUCACCAGGACUGUGCAUGUUAAAGCUGACUCCUUUCCAAAACCCUUUUCCACUGUCUUUCUCCUUGUCCUCCUUUCAGCUGGACCCCAGGUCCUUGGGUCUGUACUUCAUCACCCGUUUCACUCCUUUUCCUGCUCGUCUCUGUAGGAAGAUUGGCUAAAGGUCACAAGAAUCAAGCUGAAAAGUGUCUGAAAAGUGUCUGAAUUGGUGUUUUUACUGUGGUUGCUCCUGGUUUCUCUGCACAAAUGAGCUAAAAGGUCAUUCAAAAAGUGCAGGUGCUGGUAUGAUGCCAAAGCACCUUAAAUCAAGCUGCAGUUUCAGACUCUUUGCAGCCUGGUUCUUGAAGCUUUUCAACCCGUCGUAUGUUGUUUCCCUGAUCCUCGGUGUGGUUUUACAAGAAGGAUUUGACGGCGUAACGUACACCCUCAGAGUGCCAUUAAAAUCCUUCCCAUGUUUACAGUUCUUUGUUUCAUGUCAGUUGAAUAUCUUGGAAAAGAUGCCAGCCUUGGAUUUGGUGACCAAGAGGGCCACACUGCUCAGUUCGGUAGGAGUGGUGAUCCAGCUGAGAUCUGCUCGGUAUCAAUGUAAUGCAUUUCAUAUAUGUCAUUAAAUGUCUCUUUUGUUGUCUCACCAAGUUUCAGAACAGAUAGCAAGCGUUCUGUUUUUCCGUUGUUCAUCUGACUAUUUUGCCUUUUUUCAUUUUUUACAUUUCUUUUUGUACUUUGGCGCCCCCCCCUUUUUUUCCCCUACAGCAAAACACUUAGGGGGGUGAGAGGGAUGCGAACAAAUUAUAACUAAGUGAAAAAAUAGCAAAAAAUGAAGAGACAGAUUUUAUUUACUUAUAUUUAUUUCAAAUGUACAUAUAAAUGUUGUGCAAUAUAUAUAUCUAUAUACAUAACAUCUACAGGUAUGCAUUUCUGGAUAGGUAUAAAGAUGGUACGAAGCUCUGUGAGGACAGUAUCUGGUAUAAAAGGCCUGUUUGUUUGGAGGUCGUGUCGAAGCGUGUCUCCUGCGAGCCGCUGAAUUUCACUCUUGUUUAUGUCUCGUGCUACUUUCAGAAAUAAUGCACCAUCAUAAAUCGAAACUUUCUGCUAAAUUACUAACAAGUCUAAAUCCGUCUGGUGUGGUUUUCACUGCUGUGACACGUAGCAUCGUUGCGUAAGUUCUAUUUUAGAGGAAGGAGAUGCAUUUCUUUUUCAGAAUAGUCUUAAAGCCAUUUAGGUUCUCAGUGUUCGUAUAAUAGAAAAGGUUUUAAUGUGUCUUUGUCUUUGUCACUGGAAGAUAAAGGGAAAAAUAGGAGGCUGUCUAAAAAGCAUCUUUGUGCAACACAGUUGAAAGUAUUUUCCAUCAGGUGGAGAAAAUUCUGCAGAUACCUUUUUUUGUAAAAUACUGAAGUUGACGUCAUGUAACAGCUAAAACCUUCAGACUUCAGGCUUUCAUCUCUUUGAUUGCUGUCCUCAAAUAUAAAGACACUGAAACAUUUCAUCAAUCUUUGAAGGACAAGAGCGAUGUUGCUUCUUUGAUAUUCCAGGGUAUUUUGCUUUCUAUUGGUAGCUUGCCUGCAGGCAGUGAAAGAAACAUCAGGAUAGAUUAGGAUGAUUCCCAAAACGGCCAGAUUGGAGUUUGUUGUGGUUACUUGGCAGAUCUACUGAUCUUUGACCUCUAGGUGAGUACAGUAUGCUGGCUUGCUUUCAAAAUCAUUCCACAACUACAGUCCUGAGCUUCUGUCUUGCUGGUUGAGACUUACAGAGAGUAGAGAUCAUGCUGACACAUGGUACAGCACCGUAGCGAGAUUCAAGACAGGAAAAACAUGUAUGGCAACAUGUGUGGGGUGUAAUCCGUAUAUAUGUGUUUGAUUGCAUUAUUCUGAAAGAGAACUCGUUUCUUUUCUGGACGGAGACAGCGUAUCAAAUAACAUGUUGACUCCUCGUGUUUAUCUGCUUAAUAAAAAAACACUACGCGAUUAAUACCACUAACACCUCAGUAUUACGGAUAAAUGUGGGCUCUUGUGUGGGCGUCGGUUUAUUUGUGUGUUUGCGUUUGAUCUCAGUCUUCAGGUAAAUUAUGGACCGCACUGUUUAAAUACGAAGCAAGCGUAAAGCAGCUGAAGGCUCGAGCCAAUGCAGGAGUUAAAUAUUCAGUACUGGGAAAGUAUUUGCACUUUGGUUUUAUUACAGUUUUAACAGUUAAAACUGGCUUACUGGGUAUUCCUUCUUUAUACUUCACCAAAGAUUGCUUAAGAAGCAGCUCGCUGUUUUUGCUGUGGGGUGCCAGGUCGAGGAGUGUAACCAAUUUUAAACGUUUAAACAAGUAAUAAAACAAGUUCCUCACAGGGAAAUAUUGUGAGUCCUGUUCAUAUCAAAAGGAUUUCAUAUCAAAAGGAUUUCAUAUCAGCGUUAACCCAUAUUGAUGAAUGGGAUGACAUCUAUGGACUGAAAGGGCAAAGCGCUACUGGAUGAAAAUCAGUAAUGAAUGACUUUGUAAAGCUCGUGUCUCAUGUUUGGCAGGAACUUCAAUAUUAUAAAAAACUGAGUCUCCAUUCAGAGUGGUGUUAUUAGAACAGGAAGUGAUUUGGCCAGUAAAUAUGACUAUAAACUGCGGAGAUGAUUUUGAUCCUGCAUACAUUUUACUUCUUACUGGUUGUGACUGUUUCCUUUCUGGUAAAAUCCAAAACUUUGAACUGUUCUCCUUUCUAAUAUGUCUUCCUCUCCAUAUAAACCCUGUCUGUAAAUACUCUACCUUUGAGUCAUAUGUGUGGAUUGUGUUGUAUUGACUCAGGCUUGCAUUGAAAAAAGAAGAAGAAAAAAAAAAGACCUGAAAUCCCCCAAAGAGCCAUGUUGUACUGUACCCUGCAUUCAUUUCUAGGCCUGCUUGUGAAUGAAUGUGUCACUCAGCUACGAAGCAAUACACACUACAGUAUGUACACAAAAACAAACGCCAUCCAGCUUGGUAGAGGUUGCCGACUGUAGAGCUUCUACUAGCACGCAGAAAUAACAUGUGACUUGAUUUGGUCUUGUAUCACUGCCUCUUCAGUUCCCUCUCAGUUUGGGCCAUUUAAAGUGAGAGAAUAUGCUGUGGAUGUUUUUAUCUGUACUUUGUGGUAAAACAAUAAUUAAAAAAAAGUUGCUAACA